AUGCACUGGAAGGAAGAACUAGAUGGCGGUCGUGGCCAACUCCUGGUGGAUGUCAGUGCGGAGCUUCCGUACAGCGAGACUGAAACCCGCAAGUGUCGAGAUUCUGUUCUGCUGGCAGUUUUCGCCAAUCCUCGCGUUGAAGUUGAAUUCAAGUACUGGGGCACUCCUAUUCAUGGUACUUCCCUCUCAUCGACAUAUGUGGAUCCCUGCUUCUACUUCAUCGAGGAUUAUACUCCGAGGAUCGGUCCUCUCUUCGAGGCGGAUGGGGAAUAUUCCAAUUAUGCCCUAUAA